AUUUUAUCAAAAUCGGUUGCGAGGUUUAAGCGGGAAAGCGUAACAGACAGACAAACAGACAGACAGACAGAGUUACUUUCGCAUUUAUAAUAUUAGUUGGGAUUUAUUUAAUAUUAUUGACCGAUAACGGUAACGUUUUUUCCUACUUGUGUAACUGCCUUUAGCUUGAUGUUUUUGUCAAUUUUGUUGACAGUUGUUGACGUUUUUUGAGCGCGCGAGUCGAAGAAUAUUGUUUUCAUUUCGUUUUUCAGUGAUUUAUUUGAAUUAAUUUAAUGAAAACUUAAACAUUAAAUGAAUAUUGAAAGCAUUGCUCUUACUAGCUCAUUAGUAAAGUAUUAAAUGUUUGUUCGCAGACAAUGACUUCUCUUAACCAUAUUUUUACUAAAUAUUCUGUUAAUAAUUCAGAAUGUUCUGUUUAUUAUUAUACUUUUGACUCUCCUCUUGGUGAUAUCACUGCUGUAGCUGACGACAGUUACCUGUAUAUGGUUUGCUUCGAAGAUUCAAAGAACAAUGAGAGCACCAUUAAAAGUAUAUCCAAAAAGCUUUCUUGUAGCUUUGUUGAAGAAAAGAAUGAAGUAUUGAUAAAAUUUGAAGAAGAACUUGCCGCUUAUUUAGACGGCAAGCUCAAGAAGUUCACUGUGCCUUUAAAAAUGAUUGGCACAGACUUUCAAAAGGAUGUUUGGAAGAAAUUGUUGAAAAUGCCGUAUGGCUCAACUCAGACAUACGGAGACCUAGCCAAAUCACUUGGACGUUCAGCAAGUAGUUCUCGCGCUAUCGGUGCAGCCUGCGGAGCCAAUCCGCACCUUCUAGUAGUACCGUGCCAUCGACUCGUUGCUUCCAACGCUAAAGGUGGAGGAUUCAGCAGUGGAGUAGAUAGGAAAGAAUGGCUGUUAAAUCAUGAAAAGAAGAAUAAUUCGUAAUUUACUUUUUGGAACAUUAAAUGUGCCUUGUUGUAACUUUUACCUCAUUAUUAUGUGAUCAAGUAGUAUUUAAGUAUGUCUUAAGUGUUUCUUAAAUGUUAUUAUUAUUAAUAAAUAGAGGAUAAUACUUCACAGUUUUAUUAAAAAAAUAAAAUGUAAUCACAAACAUGUAGAAAUAUUAAAAGGAUAGGAAUUGUUACCAGAGUAAUUUCUUACUUUGGUAUUUAAUACUUAGAACUAAUAUUAUUUUACAUUCAUAAUUCAUAUGAUAUUUUAAUAAUAAUGGUU